UGUCAGUGCCGUAAGGGAAUGGAUUUUGUGUCUCUUUUUUUCACUGAUUUAUAGCAAGUACCUAUACUUGGUACAUACUAGGUGAAUGAAUGAAUCUGAGGACAAAGAUGGUAUGUUACAUGUAGCCUUUUCUAAUUAGCCUGCUCUGUUUUGGUGAGUAGAUUGCUCAACAACUUUCUGGUACCUAUUGCUUUGUUUUUCAUAUUAUAUGUUAGCACAGACUAUGGGGAUCAUGUGUAUCAUCUAUUUGUUUCUUUCUCCUGGUGGAAUGAUCAGGUAUGGAUUCUUGAGGGUAUCAAUCAGGUUUCCUUAUUUUUCCCUUGUUAAAUGCUGUUUUGUUUCACUGUCUUGAACCAUGAUUCAAAAAUUCUAGUACUCAGGCGCUUGAGCCGGAUCGGGCCGCCAGCGGUCCGGCCCGGUGGGCGCAGAGGGUCCUGUCGGCGGCGCCGGGGAGCGACUAGCUUCCCGAUGCUUCCGCCCUGGCUCCCGCCGGCCCGGCUGUGCGCUUAGGGCCCGGCUCCGGCCGCCUGAGGCGUCCGCGUGGCAAGUCCCGCGGAACGGAGCGGCUGGAGCGCGAGGCGGCGACUGCCGGGAGGAGGAUGGGGGCUAACCAGUUAGUGGUGCUCAACGUGUACGACAUGUACUGGAUGAACGAAUACACCUCUUCCAUCGGAAUUGGAGUUUUUCAUUCAGGAAUUGAAGUAUAUGGCAGAGAAUUUGCUUAUGGUGGCCAUCCUUAUCCCUUUUCUGGAAUAUUUGAAAUUUCCCCAGGAAAUGCUUCUGAACUAGGAGAAACAUUUAAAUUUAAAGAAGCUGUUGUUUUAGGGAGCACUGACUUCCUAGAAGAUGAUAUAGAAAAACUUGUGGAAGAAUUGGGAAAAGACUACAAAGGCAAUGCCUAUCAUUUGAUGCAUAAAAAUUGCAAUCACUUUUCUUCGGCUUUAUCAGAGAUUCUCUGUGGGAAAGAGAUUCCUCGCUGGAUCAAUUGGCUUGCCUACUUCAGCUCCUGUAUACCUUUUCUACAGAGUUGACUCCCAAAGGAGUGGCUCACACCCGCAGCCCUGCAGUCCAGUGUCAGCCAGGAGCUCCAGGACGAACUGGAGGAAGCAGAGGACGCUGCAGCCUCGGCCUCCAUGGCCAGCACCCCCGCAGGCUCCAGACCUGGGCGCCACACCAAACUAUAAUCUCCAAAGUCACACAUUCAGAACUGUCUGUGACAGUUGACUAUCACUAGAGAAAAGUAAAAGAAUAAACGUCCUUUGGAUAUUUUGUAUGCAAAGAUGGCUCUCCCCCAAAUCCCAGUUUUUCAGCUCAGGAUUAUAUUUGUAAUAAAAAACAAAACAAAACAAAAAAUCACUUGGCUCAGGAGGGGG